GAUGAGGAGUUCAAUCCCCACUGUACUCUCUCUCUCUCUCUCUCUCUCUCUCUCUCUCUCUCUCUCUCUCUCUCUCUCUCUCUCUCUCUCGGCCCUAUAAAUUGCUUACCCCCGGUUUCUAUUACUCUUCAAUACACCAUCUUCAUGAGAUCCUCAGAUUAUUAGCCCUGCAUCUCAGAAUAAAGCUGGGGGUUCCAUAAAGAGAACCUUCAGCUAAUAUACAUAUUUCCAUUUCCCCAGAGAGAGAGAGAGAGAGAGAGAGAGAGAUGGCAAUAUUUGACUUCCAGCACCCUCUAGUGUUCACAUUUGGUCUCUUGGGUAACAUUGUUUCAAUCUUUGUGUUCCUUGCGCCAUUGCCGACAUUUAUCGAAAUAUACCGAAAGAAAUCGAUUCUAGGGUUCCAAUCCCUACCAUAUGUGGUUGCACUAUUCAGUUCCAUGCUUUGGCUGUACUAUGCAUUCCUCAAAACAGAUGCAACCCUUCUCAUCACCAUCAACUCGCUCGGUUGCAUCGUUGAGGCGAUUUACAUCGUCGUCUACCUCGUCUAUGCUCCGAAGAACGCCAGGAAACACACGGCGAAGCUGCUCGUUGGAAUGAACGUCUUACUCUUCUUCGCCAUCCUGCUCUUUACACACUUUGUACUCCAAGGCCGAAAACGUGUCCUAGCCGUUGGAUGGGUUUGUGUUGCCGUCUCUGUGAGCGUCUUUGCAGCACCUCUGAGCAUCGUGCUCCAGGUUGUCCGUACCCGAAGCGUCGCAUUCAUGCCUUUCACAUUGUCUUUCUCGCUAACACUGAGCGCGGUCAUGUGGUUCUGCUACGGCAUAUUUCAAAAGGACCCCUGUAUCUGGAUCCCAAACGUACUGGGUUUCUUCUUGGGGCUGAUUCAAAUGGCGCUGUACGCCGUGUACAGAAAUGCAAGGGAGAUUUUGACAGAGAAGAAGCUACCAGCAGAUCACAUAAUCAACAUCGUGAUGUUGGGCACUCCUGAAGUGCAUCCGGUUCAUGAUGCUGAAAAGACCGGAAGCGAAAACAAUGGGGUUAAAGAUCAUGAGAAAGAAGAGGAGAAUGAACAAACAGACAACAACAAUAAUCAGGAGAAAUUUGUGGCUUUACCACAUGAAUUACCCAACCAAGCAACUGUGCAGCUCGAUUCACCAGUGCUCGUCAUCUGUAGAGCUUGAUUUUGCAGUUUUUUUUCACAUUUUUCAUGCAUUCAGCUUCAUUCGAUCCGAUGACAUUACCUAAUCUCUCUCGAUCUCUCUACAUAUCUCUACAUAUCGAAGAUUCGCAAUAACGACGUAUUUGAAACUAUGAAUGUUUUUAAUGCUAUGAGGUUCUUUUUUGGAUUCA